AUGCCAUGCAACGUUUGGACUGGAAUUUCAUGCAACACUGCUGGAAGUGUCAACAGGAUAAACCUCACCAAUUCUGGGAUACAAGGUACGCUAUAUGAAUUUCCAUUCCCGUCCCUCCCUAAUCUCGAAUAUAUUGACCUCAGCUUGAACCAACUCUUUGGUGCCAUCCCAUCUCAGAUCAGUUCCCUCUCCAAACUCAUCUAUUUUGACCUUUCUUAUAAUCAGUUUUCUGGGAAAAUCCCACCAGAAAUUGGUCUUCUCAAUAAUCUUCAAGUCCUGCACCUAAUUGGGAACCAAUUAAAUGGUUCAAUCCCUCGAGAAAUUGGUCAGCUUAAGUUUCUUAAUGAGCUUGCUCUGCAAAUAAACAGUCUAGAAGGUCCAAUUCCGGCUUCUCUUGGUAACCUAUCCAAUUUAGCUGUACUGUACAUGCAGGACAACUAUUUAACAGGUUCCAUUCCUUCAGAUUUUGGAAAUUUAAAAAACCUAACCAUGAUGUACUUGUUCACCAAUCAACUUUCUGGUUCUAUCCCUUCAGAAUUAGGAAAUUUGAAGUCUCUAGUGGAAUUAUGCAUUAAUGACAACAGUCUAUCUGGUUCAAUCCCGACAUCUUUAGGUGAUCUGACAAACCUUACCGUUCUCUAUCUCUUUGAAAAUAAGCUUUCCGGCGUAAUUCCAAAAGACAUAGGGAACUUGAUAUCUAUUGUGGAACUAGUGUUGAGCCAGAAUCAACUCAAUGGUUCCAUCCCCACUUCACUUGGUGACUUGAGCAACCUAGAAAAGUUAUACCUCCGUGAUAACCAACUUUCUGGCUCCAUCCCCCAAGAGAUGGAGAAUCUUAUGAAGUUGACUGUACUGCAGUUGGACACUAACAACUUUUCUGGUUAUUUGCCCCAAAAUAUUUGCCGACGUGGAUCACUACAAAUCUUUACGGCAUACAACAACCAUUUCAUAGGUCCAAUCCCCAAAAGCUUGAAAACUUGCAAGAGCUUAGUCAGAGUUAGUCUUCAAGGGAACCAACUGACAGACAAUAUAUCUGAAGACUUUGGUGCCUAUCCAAAUCUUCGAUUUGUUGACCUAAGCGACAAUAACUUGCAUGGCGAAAUCUCACACCUCUGGGGACAGUGUCCGCAGUUAGCAUCACUGAAAAUCGCAAUGAACAAGCUUACUGGUAGCAUACCACCUGAGCUUAGCCAUGCAACCCAAAUUCAUGAACUGGAUCUUUCUUCCAAUAGUUUAGUAGGGGUGAUUCCAAAGGACUUUGGGAGAUUGACUUCUUUGGUGGAAUUGAAGUUGGACUGCAAUCAACUUUGGGGUCCCAUACCCUCAGAAUUUGGAUCAUUGACUGAUAUUGAAUAUCUUGACUUGUCCACCAACAAAUUCAAUGAGUCAAUUCCAAGCAUUUUUGGCGACUUGCUUAACUUAUACUACUUGAAUUUGAGCAAUAACAAGUUCAGCCAAGAAAUUCCAUUUCAGUUGGGGAAGUUAGUUCAUAUUUCCCAACUUGAUUUAAGUCACAACUCACUCGAGGGUAAGAUACCAUCAGAAAUGAGCAGUAUGCAAAGUUUGGAGAAGUUGAAUCUUUCCCACAAUAAUCUUACCGGUCUCAUUCCAACAACUUUUGAUGGAAUGCAUGGGCUGAAUGACAUCGACAUAUCCUACAAUCAGCUGCAGGGUACAAUCCCCAACAACAAAGCAUUUCAAAAUGCUCGAAUGGAAGGGAAUAACGGAUUGUGUGGCAAUGUUGGAGGACUAAAACCCUGCAAUCAUUCUGUGGAACAUAAGCGAACCUCAAAAAAGGCGUUCUUAAUCAUUUUCCCUAUCUUGGGAGUACUUUUACUUGCUUUCCUGGCAUUUGGUUUGAUUGAUAGAAGAAGAAGAAGUAGAAAAAAGAAAUCACAGGAAAUAGAACAGGGCAAUAUGCAUGAAAGCUUUUUCUCAAUAAUUAAUUUUGACGGAAGAAAAAUGAAUGGGAAAACUCAGGGGUUUGAUGCAGGAAGAUAUAGUACCAGGCUUCAACAUAAUCUGCAUAAUUGUAUUGAUAUUUUGAAGGAAGAGUACGGAGCUCAUGAGGACGAGAUCCCCAAGACUUAG